UCUCCGCCAAGGUGAAGAACAUGGGUACCUGGUCGAAAACAAACCCCUUAAAUGCCAAUGCGCCUUAUUUCAGGGUAACUCUGCUUGCAAAUACGCGCCCUCUUUCGCAAGGCGCUUAGCUUCAGCGCGAGGCAGAGCAGCGCUAACAUCCGUUAACAGUAAUUUAGCACCACGUGAAUAUCUCAUAGCAUUGACAGGCAGACAAUCUAUGCAGAGAGCUAAUGUAUGGCCAGUCAUAGAAUAGUUUUAUUUUCGACCUGGGCUGGAUGGACUUGCGGAAGCUCCACUGAUUGACGAAUCGCUAUCGGCACCCAGGGGGCUCGGCUAAAAACGCUUCAACUUAUUUUGCCAUAGAGAAUAGUGGACAUACGGGGUGCUCUGUUCUUCACCCACCUGCCCACGUUGUGCCUUCCAAAUACAUGCCUCUGCGGGAACAGAUACUAAUUAACAUUGCCGAACGUGUUGAAAAUUAAACAGAGAACAUAAUAUCUUUUUUUUUCUAUCACCGCGUGUAUUUUGUUUCGCUAAUUUUGUUAGGAGCACUGGAAAAGUUUGGAAUAUGGAUGUUAAAGAGUCCUGCCGCUUGAAACAGAAAUAUCGUCAUUGUUUAAAUUGGAUUAUCCCGGUGGUUAUAACGUUUGUUGCUCCAAUAUCAUGCCAGAUGAAUGGAGAUCUUCGUCUCCGUAAUGGUUCGUCUCUGCACGAGGGAAUCGUGGAGGAGUUCAGCUUGGAGUAUACAGAAUGGAUUAACUUCUGCCUUGACGGGUUCGACGGACACGAAGCCCGGGUCGUGUGUCGGAAUCUCGGAUUCCCGGAUGCCGCUUUCGCACUCAACACCGAUUCGGUGUUCGGAUCGGAUACCAGUUCGUACUACGCAGUAUCUCUAGAUUGCGAAGGAACUGAGUCCAGGCUGGUGGAUUGUAGCUAUCAAGAUUUAUCUGAUUGCGCAGUAGGAUUCGGAGCUGCCGUCGUCUGCCAAAAACCUGACUAUCUUGGGUGCUUCAACAAACCAAACUCCACCAUCCUCCAUACCAAUGCCUUCUCCUCCAGCAGCAUGACCGUCGAUGCGUGCCUCCGAAACUGCCGUGACGGCGGCUACCAGUUCGCUUGGACGUUCGAUUCCAUGCACUGCGGCUGUGGUAACCAUAACGAUGUGCGCACGCUCUCGCCCACUGACGCAAUGUGCUCUUGCCCGUGUGGGGGCGCUAGAUAUCAAACGUGUGGAGGGCCUACUUGUUCCCAGGGAACUGACGAUAUGAUUUCUGUUUACAACACGAAUAAGGGAUUUUGCCUCGAUCCUGGACGCCCUGUAAAUGGACGCAGAACGGGAAACUGGUUCCGGUACGGGUCUAAGGUCAAGUACGAUUGUAAAGAAGGUCAUCGCCUUCGAGGUCACGACACGUUACAGUGCGUGCAGGGCGCCAAGGGUGGUCAGGUCACGUGGUCACAAUCUACACCCGUCUGCAAAGCGAUGAAAACAAAAAACGUCGCAGUUGAAGAAACGACCGUCUCGACAGUCGACACCAAUUCGUCUUCAACGAUCGACACAACAAGAGUAACAGCGCCACCAACGAGGGAUAUAGUCAACCUCAAUGCUCUUUCAGGAGAUAUAGUGGGUGUCAUCGCUGCCAUCCCUGCGACCGUUCUCCUCAUCAGCUCCGUUAUCGUCGUCGCCGUCGUAAGAAAACAAAGGAAACGCGCCACUAACCCUGAGGUAGAAGCAAUCCGCUGUGACCUGCAACUGAAGGAAAGCCCGCCCCCACCUGACAGCCCUCCAUGUCCCAAACCCCGCAGACUCCUUCCCGGUUCUGGCUCCUUCACCCUCCCGAUCCGGAAACAUUCCAGCAACUCCAGCGACUACUACGCUUCCAUUGAUCUCUACACCAGCGACGCAGACUACGAGAACAUUGCUCGUAAGAAGAUCAACGUCCAAUCUGGCAAAGAGGUCUUUACCCCCCUGUACGGUUCACGACUCGUCCAGAACGUGAAGAGUGGCAUUGCAAGGACCAUUCAGGGGCCAAUACAAGCUGCGAAUUUGUUGCACUAUCAUUCGCAGCAUCGGAUUGGACAGUCCUUGAGACAAGACAGCUACGAAGAUACGACCAUAAUGGUGGAUAAUGAUCUAUAUGCUUCAAGGGACGAGUUCCCCUCGGAUUCCUCGGACCAGCCUGAGCCUCCAGUCAGGACAAAACACUUGGUGAAUGUAGCAGCAGCAGAGAGGAUAGUCGAAGGCGCCGAGGAGAGUGAUUACACGGAAGCACAGUUCUUACCCGAGGAAGCGGCUCAAGGUUGAUGUAUUGAGGCUAAUCCUUGGCAGUUCCUAUGAUGCCUUUGAGUUGGAUGACAUCCCUAUGCGUGCGUGGCGCAUGUAGGCCACACCUGUGUCAGUUUUACUGCCUCAUAUCGGGUCUGAACGAUUUUACUGUACACCGCAUCUAUAAGGCCUUGUCAUAAUAGCUACCCACACUCAGUAUGAAGCUCGGUUAUGCUAUACUCAAGAUAGAGGUUUUUGUUUAGGUUCGACUUGAGUAAUGUGGUUGCAUGGAAGAAUGUGAUGAAAAUAUAGAAACAAGUCUGGUCUGGAGGGUAACAGUUCCUCUAUCAUUACCUCUGAGGUUAUUCUGUGGGGGCAAUGCUUAAAUUAUGAUGCUCGAGUAACAUCUCAAAGAUGUAUCCCUUUCGAGGUCAACUAAGUAUCAAUACAGAUACUGUGGUUAUUUAAGGAUCCUGCUAAUAGUAAACAUAUGCAAUAAAUAUAGCCACAGUAUUAUCAUUAUGACAAAUAGGUAUCAACAACAGGUUGAUUAUGGGAGAUCUUGUCUUGUGUACAUACUGGCACACAAUGGACGAUGAUGGCACUAUAUUCACUGUGCGUUAUUGGCUUUUUUCCGAGUAUUUGCCUGUACUUGGUUUUCCGACGUCGGACAAACCAACAUUAUCAACAGCGAGAACAAUAACAACAGGAAGAGACAUGUCCGAUAACACAAUACUGACACAUACUGAGAGCACAAAACUAGAGAGACAUUCUAAUUAUGACGUCAUAUCAAAGGACGCGAGAUUUUUCACGACAAUCGAGUGAUAUCGAUAUUGUUUUACAGAAAACAUGUGGUGAACGCAAUCAACGCUGUAUCUCAACAAGUCAUGAUGAUAACCUGUAUAUAACUGUUGUAUUGUAAAGUAUAAAUUGUCUUUCCACAUUUUAAACAUUGCGAUCACACCGUUUACCUCUUAUUUCGAGAUAGUUUUUGUUUUGUUUAAGGGACAAGCCUUCCUCUCCUCCUGAGUGUGCUAAUAUCAAUAAAUCAUAAUUUACUUCCAUUACUUUUCUUACAGUUUUUUUUAUAGCUUUUAUGCUAUUGCAAUCCCUUUGAAACCUGCUAAAUAGCGACCAAUAUAGGUAGAAAGACCACAUUCUCCCAAUACAUUCUUAAAAAUGUACAUGAAAGAAAUUCGAACGCAAUAACAAUCUGUCAUAAAUACCACGAAGUUACCGCUGAAUUUGCGCUCCGAAUAUCGGUGAACUGAAAUAAAUAAAAAUCCAACCUUUAAUAGACAACGAAUCUAAAAGAAAGCAAAAAGGCAGAGACUAGAGACUCAAGUAGACUGGUAAAAGUUUGAACGAAUCGAACAAAAAUAAGAAAGUUAUGAGUUUUAAAAAGUUGUAAUUACUACACGUACAGAUUGGUGUAUGGGCACUUCAAAUUGACUUAACUGGUGAUGCCAAUGUGACGUACAGUGCCGGACUACUUUUCCCAUUUGUUUCAAAGAACAAUAUGUCUAACAUUUCAACUAUUAUUCAAAUGCUUCCUCAUAGAGGAACUAUAGUUAUGCUAUCCAUAAUAUAUAUUGUGUAUAACCUCCAGGGAGAAGACACGUUAAAUGCCACUGACCGAAUUGCCAGUUUGAGAUUCGCAUAGAUUUUGAUGAUCUCAUAAUUUCGUAUAUUCAUAUCAUUGGUCCGAUUUAUUUCGAAAUUUCGCCAGUCUGUAUCUUUUAUCUUUCUGAUGUUAUACAUCUACAAACGAACUCUUUACAGAGGUUGCCCAUCAAGACAGAUGCAGCAGUUGUCACCUUUUGGAUUUUGAGGCUGCAACUCAGAGGAAGACAUUUAUCUUGUAUUCAAUUUCCAUCUUUUGUUGUUAUCUGUGUGAUUUGGUUCGUAUUAUUUUUAAUCCAUUUUUUUUGAUUGGCUGUAUAGCGUUUUAAAGGUUAGUAGAAAAAUGAUGAUCAGAUGAAGGAGAGUAAGAAGAAGAAGCAUUGGAAGAAGAAGAGGAAACAAGGAGGAAGAAGAUUUUAGUUGCUUAUACAUUGUUAUAAUUCCUACUUGAAACUCGUUGUGUUCUGUGAUUAAUCGUCUUUGUAGUAUUUAUUCCAAUCCACUUAAUGUACAAGGGAAAGUUAAUAUUGACCCUUGAUAUUAAGGCAUUAGUAAUCAAGUAUGUGGUGUGAGUGUAGUUUAUUAUAAUAAAUGAAGUGUUCAACAUAUAUACGAAACCAAAA